UUACUUCUAUAAAUCCCGAAUGUGGUGGUAUAAGUAAACAAAUUCUUUAGCACCUCUUCAAACACCCAUGAAAAAACAGGUUAAGUUGACAUUUGAUCCACAUGCCCUUGUGAAGCCUGAGUUGAAAUUAUUGAGCACAAAAGAACCGGAUUGAUUUCUAAGGACGAGAAUAUCCGGUUCAAGCUACCUCCCCUAUCUAUAUAAAUGUCUGGUAAAUUUGCCGUUGCAUUCAUCUGGCGGACCACGACACCAUGAUCUACGAAGUUUCUCUCCUUCUGCUGGGCUUCAGUUUCGCCCUGAAUGUCGGAGUUCAGGGCAGCGUGAAGACAGUCCACCCUUCGACGACCUCUGUCCCAGUAGCUGAACUGAGCCGAUUUAGAGCCAAUGAUUUUUCCUCCAAUAGUCGAUUUUUUCGUGGACGAGAUGGUAGAGACGGUAGGGACGGACUGCAGGGACCUGUUGGACCGCCCGGUCCAGCCGGUCCUCCGGGCCCUGCGGGACCGCAAGGGGAGAGGGGGCGACAGGGUCCCAAGGGGGAGAGAGGACUUCCGGUGAGUAUAUGA